AUGAACUACAGCGUCAGAGGACACAUACAACCCCACCCUUACCACCUAGUAGGACCCUCACCAUGACCUAUGUUCACCUCGUUCAGCCUCAUGGACCUAGCGCUGAGCAUAGGACUAACGUCACACGGCUACAUGGCAAGCCACAUCGGGAUCUACCUGAGCCUAGCAGCGGUACUGUACAGCAUGACGCUCUGGUUCAAAGACGUAGUAGCGGAGAGCGCCUACCUAGGGAACCACACCCAAGCAGUGAAGAAAGGACUGAACCUAGGCUUCCUGCUGUUCGUACUGAGUGAGAUCCUAAUCUUCGCCUCACUGUUCUGAGCCUACCUCCACUCAGCAGUGAACCCAACGAUGGACAUCGGCCUAGCCUGACCACCUAAGGGGAUCGAAGUGAUCUCACCAGCAGAGCUACCCCUACUCAACACCAUCAUCCUGCUAGCCUCAGGGGUGACCAUCACCUACGCACACCACAGCCUCAUCAACGGAGACCGAACCAACACGCUGUACGGCUUCGCCUACAGCACAGGGCUCAUCGCACUGUUCGUAGUCCUCCAAGGCCUAGAGUACCGGUUCGCUGGCUUCACACUAAGCGACGGUGUCUACGGAAGCACCUUCUUCAGCCUGACAGGCCUACACGGUCUCCACAUGAUCAUGCUGACGAUCAUGCUAGUCCUCUGCACCGUGCGGGUGUACAACUACGACUUCACCAACGAGUCGCACGUGUUCGGGGAAGCCACCAUCCUGUACCUCCACGUACUAGACGUCAUCUGACUCUUCAUCUACAUCAUCGUCUACUGAUGAGGAUCCUAG